AUGACAGCAGCAGUCUCUGGGCUUUCAAGUCCCGGCCGGGCCCGCACGAGCUUCGAGCGUCGCGAAAGCCUCCUGAGCUGGGCACGACAGAAGGAAGCCGAGCCGCAACGCGAUCCCGUCUCAGACCAGAACGACAACGUACCGCAUCGCGUCUCUUCGAGCCAGAGCUUUACCGGGAUCGACACGGUCGCGCUCGAGGACGAGGAUGAAGUCGAGUCGCUUCGGCCGAUUCGGUUCGACGGUCGCCAGGGUUGGGACACAGACACAGACACUGACGAUGACGACGCCGACGACGAUGACGAGGGUGACGAGGAAAGGACGCCGUCGCCGUCCCGGUCUCUUCUCCCGCUCCUCGAUGACCAGGACCCGUGUAGCCCGAUCUAUGACGAUGGCGCCGUGAGGCAGGCCCACCGCGCGUCCGUCCGUUCCGACACGCCGCGCCUCUUCCCCAGUCGCGUCUGGAGUAGCCCGGCCCUCUGGGCUACGGCUCGUGCCGCUUGCCCUUCGCCGCCCGCGUCGUCUUCGGGAUCAAUUCGCGAUAACGCGGCACGGCCCGAGGACGCCAAUACCAAGCACCUCACGCUCGAUUGCCGACAACGGGAUCGUCCGUCGACGCCCCCGCUCGCUAGAGCUUCCACGGACGAGGAUACAGCGUCGUGCUCCCCGCCAUCGCCCCGCACGCCGCGGGCCCGCCGUGCGGAAGGGGCAAAACGCAAACUGUACAAGUACGAGUCAGCCGUGUUUGAGCUGGUGGAUACGCCAUCGUUGGGCGGCGGGCCCCGCUCCAGCUCAUCGGGAUAUUCCGAGAGCUCCCCAGAAUCAGGGUCAGCAGGAAGCGACAACGUCGGUCGACGCGGGCUUCCCACGUCCCGCCGCGUGCAAGACAACGAGACAAACGCAUCCGCCCCAAUUUCAGGCACAUCAUCGCCUCGGCGGAGGACUGAUUCGGACGGCGCUAGGCGCCCGACGCACCACCGACGAACGAGCUCGCUGAGCGAAGGCGAAGACGUAUCGACGCCGCGCGAGAUCGGCGAGUUCAAGCGCAUCCUCAAGCUCAACCGCUUCUUUGGCGAAGACGUGGUCCACGCCGCACUACCGCGCCCGGGUCAGGGUCCGGGUCCUGGUGCCAGCCCCAGCGAUGAGAAGGUCGAGCACAAGCCCUUGCCCAGCCUUCCGGGCGGGAAGGCGGCAGCGGUGGCGCCGAAGCCUGUCAUCGAGACGAGCUUCUUGCCUUCCUUUUCCUCGUCGUCUGAAUCUGGAGACGACGGAGAGGUGGACAGCGCCUCGCGUACAAUCGACAGUGGCGAAGACGAUCCGUGUCCUUGGGAAAGAGACGAGCUCGAAUGCGCCGGCCCUGGUCCGAGCCGUCGAUGGGUGCCCAAAACGGCCAGGCUGAGCCCUGCGGGCAGGGCACCCCUCGCCCAUCAAGGCAAGGACGACGUCGCAGGCGCCCCUUCCUCGUCGUCGUCGUCGUCGUCGUCGUCGCAGCCUCCCAAGACCGGUCCGAUCUGGAACCGCCUAGGCUUCUCGCGCAAGACGAUCAAGACCGAGUCUGCCGCUGCCGAUCCGGAUGCCUUUUCCGAGCCACAGGACCGGACGGUUCGGCACCGAUUGAGCGACCUGCCGUCGUCCAAGCCGCUCGUCGUAGCUCCAGACGGUCCGACCGCAUUGAUUAAAGGCCGCGAAUCGGCUCACGAUCCGCGCAGGCAGACUUCGAUGGGACAGCUGGCGACGGCCCGCCAAGGCUCGGUCGAGUCUCCAGGCAGGGCCACGCAGCUCCCGUAUCACUGGCUCUGA